AUGUCUUCUACAGAUUAUAACUAUGAUGAGCAGGGUCAAUUCUUCCCGUUCUUCAUCCUGACUCUCUCGGGUCUUGUCACGCUUCCUCUCACAUACAACCUUCUCAAGCCGAGCAAGGAGCUUGAGAACACCGCACCGCGAAUAAAAUCGGGGUUCACACCGGAACAUGGCGACCUCAUCGAGGCGCAGAAGCGGAAACGCCUGCGCAAGGAGCGUCGGAUUAAGCGCAUCAUCACCGUCAUCGCUGGAUAUGCCAUGAUGGCCUGGAUGAUCUAUCUGAUUCUUGUGACCGCUCGAUCAACACCAAAGAUUUGGGACCCUUAUGACAUUCUGGGCGUCUCGAGGAGCGCCGAUGAGAAAGCUAUUUCUAGACAUUACAAGCGUCUUUCUUUGAUCUACCACCCCGACAAAGUUAGACCUGAUCCCGCUAAGAAUGAGACCGUCGAGAUGCUCAAUGACCGCUUUGUCGAGUUGACCAAGGCCUACAAGGCGUUGACUGAUGAGGAAAUCCGUAACAACUACAUCCAGUUCGGCCAUCCGGAUGGAAAGCAGAGCUUCAGCAUUGGCAUUGCCCUUCCCAAGUUUAUUGUCACCGAAGGAAAUGGAAAGUAUGUCUUGCUGGUUUAUGGAGGUCUUCUUGGUGUCCUUUUGCCGUACAUUGUCGGACGUUGGUGGUACGGUUCUCAGCGAUACACCAAGGAGAAAGUUCUUGUCGCUAGUGCCGGUAAUCUCUUCCGGGAGUACGAGGAGGAUAUCACAGACGGCGGAAUUGUCAGCGCCUUGUCCUCUGGUGUUGAGUUCCAGGAAAUGCUCAAGGGCCCCAAAGCCGAGGCCGGACUAGCCAAGCUCGAAAAGAGAGUUUUGGCCGAAGACUCAUCGAUUCUCUCAGCCCAGGAUCGCAAGGCUCUCAAGGAACUGGAUGAUUCUUCUCGACGAAAGGCGUUGGCACUGCUCUGGGCUUACUUGGCUCGUGUUGAUUUGGAAGAUACCAGUCUCGAUGGAGAGAAGUACGAAGCUGCUCCUAUUGCUCUGUCGCUGAACGAAUCUUUCAUUGCUAUCUCUCUUGGUUUUGGCAACCUUCGCCCCAUCUUGAACUCCUACCGAACAUCGCAGAAUCUGAUUCAGGCCAUCGCUCCCGGUUCAUCGCCGCUCCUGCAGCUGCCGCAUUUUACCAAUGCUGUUGUGAAAUCUGUUGAGGGUGAAGAUGCUAAGGGUCACUUCUCGGUGCAAAAAUUCAUGAACUUGGCCGAAGAACAGCGUCGCAGCCUCACAGUAGGCCCAGGUCUCCUAUCGGAACAGCAGUAUUCUACCGCCGUCUCCGUCGCUAAGCAGCUCCCCGUUCUCGAGGUUUCCAAGGCCUUCUUCAAGGUUAUGGGAGAGAGAGUUAUUACCCCAAGCAGUCUGGUACAAUUGGUGGUCAAAGCACGAUUCGUUCCCCCCGGCUACACGAAUGUUCCAGAGGUGAACCCAGCCGAUCUUGAGGAUGUUGACCCCGAUGAGGAUGACCUUGACGCUCUGAUGGGCCGGAAGCCCGCCAAGAACAAGACCACUAAGAUUGUGAAUGGCCAAAAGGUCGAGGCCAAGGCCGAGACCAUCCAACCACCCCUGGCUCACGCACCUUACCUCGCUCGCGACCAUUCCCCCCGGUGGCACAUCUUCUUGGCCGACGCUAAGCAGGGCAAGAUGGCUGUCCCACCUUUCACUUUCACUACCUUCGACAAGCCCUUGUUCGAUGAAGCUGGAAAGCCCACAUUCAACGUCCAAACCCUCAAGAUGCAGUUCCAGGCCCCCCCUCAGAUUGGCGAAUUCUCGUUCGUCAUGAAUAUGCUCUGUGACAGUUACCUUGGCCUUGAUACGAAGCUUGACAUUACGUUGAAGGUGGACGACCCGGCUAAGGCUGCUGCCCUCGACGAAGAGGAUGACAUCAGUGAGCCCGAUGAAGACUCAAUUGCCGGACAGAUGCAGGCCCUGAAGACCGGACAACCACCUAAGAAGAAGACAAAGAGAGCAUCCGACGAUGAGAGUGAUGAUGAGAGUGACACCGACGGCGAUGCAGGUGAAACCAGCGAUACCGACACGGAAACUGAUGAGGAAUAA